UCUGCUGAGCAGCUCACGAUUAGAUUUCAGCUUCCCAGGUGAAGAAACGGAGAGAGAUGGACAUUGACCGGUGACUCCGAACCUCAGGCAGCGAGGUGGUUCCUCAACCUGCUGUCCCUCACCCGUCUUGAAAAAUGGCACCAGCAACUCCAAGAGAAGCAGGAGUAUGGAGACAAACCAGAGCUCUCUUAUUCAAGAACUGUCUUAUUAAGUGUAGGACUAAAAAAAGCAGCGUUCAGGAGGUCCUUUUCCCACUCUUUUUCUUGUUUUGGCUAAUUCUGAUGAGCAUGAUGCAUCCGCACAGGAAAUACAACGAGGUCGCCAACACCAACCUCGGCCCUCUGGAUACCUCCAUGCUGGUGAAUUUUGUCAUCGGGUACACACCGCCAACCCGAAUGGCACGAGAAAUCAUGAAGAAAGUGGCUUUUGAUAACUUCGAAGAUGGCAUCAUCACAGAGGAGUAUUUAAGCGAAGAGGAGCUGCAAGAGGCUAGUGCUUUUAAACCCUCAAACUUUGUGGGUGUAGUGUUCAACGAUGCCAUGUCCUACCAGCUGAGGUUUCCCGAUUCUGUCGCGAUGUCUUCCAUUUAUAUGGAAUCGAGAGCCAGUUGCUCCAAUGUCCGGAAAGGAUGCGAAUCGGUAACGUACUGGAGCUCGGGAUUUACGGCUCUGCAAGCCUGCAUCGAUGCUGCAAUUAUACAGCUGAAGACUAAUCAAUCGGUUUGGGAACAACUUGAAUUGACGAGAGCAAUAGUCAUGGGAGAGGCUGCAGUGGUGGAAAUAGAUAGUUUUCCUCGUGCGAUCAUUUUAAUUUACCUAGUGAUCGCUUUCUCACCGUUUGGGUAUUAUUUGGCAAUUCAUAUUGUGGCAGAAAAGGAGAGGAAGUUGAAGGAAUUCUUAAAAAUAUUGGGACUUCACGACACUGCCUUUUGGCUUUCUUGGGUGCUGCUCUACAUGAGCCUGAUUUUUGUCAUGUCCAUUCUCAUGGCGGUGAUUGCGACGGCCUCUUCCCUCUUUCCCCAGAGCAGUGCCUUUGUGAUAUUUCUCCUUUUUUUCCUGUAUGGAAUCUCUUCAGUUUUCUUUGCACUUAUGCUGACACCUCUAUUUAAAAAGUCGAAGCACGUGGGUAUAGUGGAGUUCUUGGCAACACUGGCUUUUGGUUUUGUGGGCCUUAAUAUUGUCCUACUGGAAGAUUUCCCCAAGUCUUUCGUGUGGAUUUUCAGCCCCUUGUGUCAGUGCAGCUUCUUGAUCGGUGUCGCGCAGGUCAUGCAUCUAGAAGAUUAUGAAGAUGGUGCAACCUUUUCAAAUCUAAACCACGGUCCUUACCCGCUCUUUAUCUCUCUUAUUUUAUUGGUGCUGGAUAGCAUAUUUUAUCUGCUUGUAGCUGUCUACCUUGAUCAGGUUAUCCCAGGGGAGUUUGGACUACGCCGCACGCCAUUUUUCUUCAUGAAGCCCUCGUUUUGGUCAAAGCGCAGAAAAAAUUACAAGGAGUUGUACGAGAGCAGCAUCAAUGGCAGUUUAAGUUUCAGUGAGAUAGUUGAGCCUGUGCCUUCUGAAUUUCAGGGGAAAGAAGCCAUCAGAAUCAGCUGUGUUCAGAAAACAUUCAGGAAAAAGGGGGAAACUGUGGAGGCUCUCAGAAAUUUAUCCUUCGACAUCUAUGAAGGCCAGAUCACGGCUCUGCUGGGGCACAGCGGGACCGGGAAGACGACACUGAUGAACAUCCUUUGCGGGCUGUGUCCACCGACAGACGGGUUUGUCUCUGUCUACGGGCACAAAGUCUCCGAAAUCGAUGAAAUGCUUGAAGUGCGACAAAUAGCGGGGGUGUGCCCUCAGUCCGACAUACACUUUGAUAUAUUAACUGUGGAGGAGAAUCUCUCCAUAUUUGCUGCAAUUAAAGGAAUCCCUCAGAAUGAUUUGAUACAAGAGGUGCAGAAAGUGUUGUUGGAUUUGGAUAUGCAGCCUAUCAGAGACAAUCAAGCUAAAAAAUUAAGCGGGGGGCAGAAAAGGCGGCUGUCGGUGGGAGUUGCUGUUCUUGGGAACCCAAAGGUUUUGCUGCUGGAUGAGCCGACUGCAGGUAUGGAUCCGUGUUCGCGGCACAUCGUCUGGAACCUCCUGAAAAACAGAAAAGCGAAUCGCGUGACCGUUUUCAGUACUCACUUCAUGGACGAGGCGGAUAUCCUCGCCGAUCGUAAAGCUGUGAUUUCUCAAGGGAUGUUAAAAUGCCUUGGAUCAUCUCUCUUUCUCAAAAGCAAAUGGGGAAUUGGCUACCGCUUGAGUAUGCACAUCGAUGCCUACUGCAACACGGAAGCGACAACCUCGCUGAUAAGACAGCACAUACCUGCAGCCAGCCUGAUCCAAGAGAACGACGAGCAGCUCGUGUACACCCUGCCGCUCAAGGACAUGGACAAGUUCGCAGGAUUGUUUUCUGACCUCGACACUCAUUCCCAUUUGGGCGUUAUCACCUACGGCGUUUCCAUGACGACGCUGGAGGAUGUCUAUCUGAAGCUGGAAGUUGAGGCAGAGAUCGAUCAAGCAGAUUAUAGCGUGUUCAAUUCCCAGCAAGUGCAGGAUGAAAUGGAUACAAAAUCCCUCGACGAUAUGGAGCAGAGCCUCCUGAUGCUCUCGGAGACGAAGGCGCCGGCGAUGAGCAAUACAGCCCUCUGGAAGAAGCAGGUUUCCACCAUAGCGAAAGUUCAUCUCCUUAGUCUCAAGCGGGAAAAUAAAUGCGUGAGAGUUAUGUUGUUGCUUUUUCUGAUUUUUCUUGUAGUUCAGAUUUUAUUGUUUUUCAUACACCACAUCAUCAAAAAUUCUGUAGCUGCUAUCAAACUUUCCCCAGAUUUGUACUUGCUGAAGCCCGGAGAGAACUAUCACAAGUACAGGAGUCGACUCCUGCUGCAGAACUCCACAGAAUCGGAUAUCGAUGACAUUGUCCACUCUCUUGGGAGCAUGAACAUACUCUUGGAGAUGUUCAAUGACAGCGAUUACGUCUCGGCUGCCCCUCACAGCGCAGCUUUAAACGUGUUUGACCUUGAAUCCAGACAGAACUAUGUUUUCACAGUCAUAUUCAACAGUACCAUGGUGCAUUCCCUGCCAGUUUUGAUGAACGUUGUCAGCAAUCUACUUCUGCGCAAUUUAAACGUGACGGAGAGCAUUCAAAUCUGGAGCAAUCCCUUCGUUCAGAAUCUUCCAGACACAAUUUUCAGACUGGAGAUCUAUUUUGAAGCUGUGUUACUGGGAAUCAUUAUUACUGGAAUGCCACCCUAUUUUGCUAUGGACAACGCAGAAAACCAUAAGAUCAAAGCGUACACGCAGCUGAAGAUAGCGGGGCUUUAUCCCUCCGCUUACUGGACUGGGCAAGCCAUUGUCGACCUCCCGCUGUUUUUCUCCAUCCUUGUCCUGAUGAUAGGCAGCCUCUUCGCCUUUCACUACGGCGUUUAUUUCUACGUGGGCAAGUUCCUCGCUGUGAUUUUCUGCCUGAUUGGUUAUGUCCCAUCAGUCGUGCUCUUCACUUACGUGGUCUCCUUCACAUUUAAAAAAGUCCAGAAUACGAAAGAAUUUUGGUCAUUUAUAUUUUCAGUGACAGCCUUGCUCUGUACAGUUGUCACUGAAGUGGCCUUUUUUCUGGACUAUUACCUGGUAACCACCAUCCUGCAUUACGUCUUCUCCAUCUUCAUUCCUAUUUAUCCCCUUAUUGGCUGUCUGAUUUGUUUUAUAAAGGUCUCAUGGAAAGGCAAGCGAAAGAACGGAGGAUACUACGACCCGUGGGACCGCCUCCUGGUAGCAGUUAUAGCUCCCUAUUUGCAGUGUGUCGUGUGGCUCUUCCUACUGCGAUGUUUCGAGCUGAAGAAUGGAGGGACAGUUAGAGAGGAUCUGUUUUUCAGAAAAUGUUUUACAAAAGCCAAAACCUGGAAGUUCCCAGAUGUCCCGCAUGACGAGAACGAAGAUGAAGACGUGAAGGCGGAGAGGCUGCGAGUCCAAGAAAUACUGAGCAGCCCCAAAAGCGAGGAGAUGCCAGCAAUCCUGGUCAGCAGCUUGCACAAAGAGUUUGAUGAAAGAAAGGAAUUUCUUCUGGGGAGAAAAAUAAAGAAAGUGGCAACGAAACAUGUUUCUCUCUGCGUAAAAAAAGGAGAAAUACUGGGUUUGUUAGGACCCAACGGAGCUGGGAAAAGCACUUUAAUUAAUAUGCUCAUUGGAGAGAUUGAGCCAACCAGUGGGCAAGUUCUGAUGGGAGAUUAUUCUUUCGGCCUGAACGGCGGAGAUGACUCAGUGAAAUUUGUGGGGUACUGUCCUCAAACGAAUCCGCUUUGGCCAGAUAUUACAUUGCAGGAACACUUUGAAAUUUAUGGCGCUAUCAAAGGAAUGAGUCAGUCUGAUGUUAAGGAAGUCGUAAAACGCAUCGCAAGUGCCCUGGAUUUAAAAGACCACCUGCAGAAGACAACGAAGAAGCUGGGCGUAGGGCUGAAACGCAAGCUAUGCUUUGCCCUGAGUAUGCUGGGCAACCCGCGGGUCACGCUGUUGGAUGAACCAUCAACCGGGAUGGAUCCCAAAGCCAAGCAGCACAUGUGGCGGGCAAUUCGAGCAGCAUUUAAAAAUAAGGAGAGAGCAGCUAUCCUGACCACUCACUACAUGGAAGAGGCCGAUGCUGUCUGUGACCGUGUGGCCAUCCUGGUGUCCGGGCAGCUCAGAUGUAUAGGUACUGUCCAACACCUGAAGAGUAAGUUUGGCAGAGGAUACUUCUUGGAAAUGAAAUUAAAAGAAACAGCAGAUGUACAGCAGGUGGAGUAUCUGCAGAGCCAGAUUUUGCACAUCUUCCCGAAUGCGAAUCGUCAGGAAAGUUUUGCUUCUAUUUUGGCGUAUAAAAUUCCUAAAGAAGAUGUACAGUCGCUUUCACAUUCUUUUUCCAAGCUGGAAGAAGUAAAACACGCCUUCAACAUCGAGGAGUACAGCUUUUCUCAGGCAACACUGGAACAGGUUUUUGUGGAGCUUGCUAAAGAGCAGGAGGAGGAGGACAGCAGCUUCGGCACCCUGAACAGCACGCUCUGGUGGGAGAGGACGCAGGAAGACCGAGUCAUUUUCUGAGCUCCUUAUGGUCCAGAUCUGCUUGGCAGCUCGUGUUUUGUGCCAGCGAUGAUCCUCUGCACACAGGUUGGGGCACGUGUGUGGAAAACAUCGGAGCUGGGAUGGACAAGGAAAAUCGUAUUUGGAAGCACUGAGCGUGUUCCACCACCCUGGCCUUAGGAAUAACGCCCCAAUAGCGGUGAGCAUCCCCACCGUUAUUCUGGCUGAUCUUCUCGCCUCGCUGUCUCCCAGUUUGCGUUGAGCGAGAAGACACUGCCACGACAGUCGGUCAUCUCCUGGUGUUGGUCACUUGUGCAGGAGCACCCGCCUCCCAUCUUCCCUCGGCUGUGCUGCGCCGGCGUUGGGGCUGGCUGCCUGAGGUUGGGGCUGUCCUUACUGGAAAUCGUGAGUUUAAGCGAAACUAGUUGUGGCUGGAGCCUCCUGCCCUGUGGGACCCCCUCACUGGUUCGCAGGGUCUUGCCGUGCCCCGUGCCCUCGGUUGGGCAUUGCUGCCUGCCCGACGGGGUGCCGUGCAGACACGCGUCGCUGCAAGGUCCUGCUCCCCCGCCGGCUGAUCCGUCCUUGCUUAUGCUUAGAAGAUGUACCUGCUUAGAAGAGAGGGGCCAAACCACUCCAUGGUAAUUGUAUUCACCGCAAAGAGGGUCCUGAAUUCCACUACAAGCUUAGCUUGAUAUCCAACCGAUGUGAAAAUGUUCAUUUACAGAUAUAAUAUGGCACUCGGCGACACUUAGAUUCCUUUCUACUGCAGGUUGGCAGAUGUGGCUAACUCCUGCUGCCAUUCUGGGUGGCACUGAUGUUUGUAAUGCAUGCACUGUAGGGUUAAAGGGGGUGUACAGAAGUGGAUGCUUUCUUUCCCCCACUUGGUAAAAGUACAGACAUAACUAUGUAGUUACGGGAUUUGCAGAGAUGUGAGUAUUUCUUGUCUUCAUUAAAAACAGUCUAAUUCUUUUGUUGGGUGUAACGACAUGUAUCCUGCCAGCUGCUUUUAGACACAGUCCCUCUUCAGGGGUUUUCAUUUUUCUUGACAGUGAAUUCAUAAGUACACACAACAGUAUUUCCUAAUCCGUCUUUGUUGUGAUAGCAGUAAGUAAUGCAGUAGUGUGCUCAGCACAGGCACGUUUGCUUUGUCCUGGCCUGGCAAUUUUUCAUUCACCUUUGUUAAACCCAAAAGAAAAAGAUCCCAAUUCACAACCUCAUCAGUAGGAAUGGUGCCUUUGGUUUGCAUAGAAGCACUAAGAAGAGCAGAAUAUGUGAUUCUUUAUCCUAAGAUAUGACAGAUGUACGUUGAAAAUAUAUUAUUUUUUUGGUUUUCUACACAAAGUUAUCAUCACUUUUUUAGUUUUAUAAGGUGAAAUUAAAGAUUGCUAACAGUUCAUUGUGUUCUGCAAUGAUCAAAUAUAGAGAUGCAUUUAUAUCGAGACAUUGGCUUCAUAAGUCAUAGCAAUUAUGUAUCUUCACAUUAAAGUUAGAAAAGACUUUUGUUUUUCUUGUGAAAACUCAAAAAACUAUGGGUUAAGGCAGAGCUGUGUGUCCCAACUGUUUGUAAUUAUCAGGCAAUAAUGUAUGUAAUACGUUUGAUAAUGGUUUAUCAUUGCGUUGAGCCAAAAUCUCUUUUCAUUUGUUUCUUACUCUACUGUGGGGAGAUGUGAAUUUUUUAUGUGCCGCUUUUGCUUCCUCUUUUGUACCCAUAGAUUGCAUAUAAACAUACAGAUUUUGUUUUGUAGUUAAAAUUUGGGCCCAAGAACUGCAGAAACACCCAGACGUCCCGUUUGCUUCCCCAGGGGAAGGUCCCUUCCCCUCAGGAGCGCAGACCUGAACAUGAAUCUGCCCGUUUUGAUGAGCCCUGAGCCGUGGUACUUGCGUAUGCCCUGAUCUCCUGUGCUGGAAACAAAACAGAGGUAAAGAAGGGGAUUAAAGCACUAGCCUCUGAACUGCAGCUCCAGUAGCAAUCUUUCCAGGGCUGAAGCUUCCCUGUAAGAAAACAAAAAUGACCUAAAUUCAGCUCUUUUGUUUAUGCAGCCUUUUAUUUAGCCCCGGGGAACCCCCAGCCCGUUGCUCCCAGCUGCAUCCCUGCUGCUGGCCAGUAUCUCUGAGCAUUUUCCUUUAUUUGGAGCGAAGGUGGGACCCAGAAUUUUGUCUCGUGAUACUUUCCCAUGUACGUACAUACAAGUUAAGUGUGUCUUCUCCAAAUCCCACAUUUCUUACUUUCGUCUCUCUUUGUAAACGGUGUUUCAGCUGAGUGUCGUGUGCGCAUCUGUCCAGCAAUGUACAGCACGCUCUUUUCCCGUGAACUUAUGAAAGUACAGUUGUGACCUGUUAGCCUUGAUGUCUUCUUUUAAUUUUAUUGUUUAACUUAUAGUCAGAGUUAAUAGUCGCUAAAAUAGUUCUGUACUAUCUGGAUGACAUCACCGUAUUUCAAACAGUUUCUUAUUUUCUGACGUUUCAAAUGGAUCAUAUGAAAACUUCCAUUAGCAGCUAGAUUUGCUCAGUUUGGUACUGUUCUUGUUUACCCUGGAGUAACCCAGUUGAUGGCGGCACUGUAUUUAUGCAGCUACACGUACAAAGAAUUUGGCUUGUUAAGUUAACUGCAUGUUUGGGUGGGAUCUUUUUGGCGUGGUGACAUCAUGUGUCAACGUGGCGUAAGAUGCCACUCCAAAACAUCACUGUAAUCAUAGUGUAUUGUAUCAGAAGUCUUUCAAAGUGUCAUACGAUGUCUAUAAUUGCCAGAAUAGGGAAAAACACAUGCAAAAUUAAACCAGAGAAUCCCCUGGAAAUGUGAGAGCUUUAUUCCUGCAAUUUUAAGUCCCUUUGUUCAGCUGUUGUCAGUGACAUGCCGAUCCCAGCCAUACAAUACACACCCCCAGUUUGUGCUCUAGGAGAUAAAACGGAGAAGAGGCAGCCAGGUUCAGGCUGACUGUUGGACUUCGGGCAAGUCAAUUCAGUUUGUGCCACCGUUCCCAGGUAUAAUGGUUUUGGUUACCUUGCAGGGUUGUUGUGAAAAAUAGUUAGCUAGUAUAUCCAAAACUUGGAAGAUGUUUUUACUUUGUGGUGUUGUUACAAGGUUGUAUUUUUCUAUGGAGGAACUUAAUGUGUCUGAUUUUUGUUUACCAAGAAAAGCCCUUAUUUAAAAAUGUCUCUGUAUAGCGAGUGAAGUCUGUUGGGUAGCUGACAUCCAGCACUCUGGUAGCAGAAACAGAAGGUAUUGGGUCUAAAGGUGACACGUUUGUAGCGCUCCUCCUGAUGUUGCCAUCAGGCACUUUGAAUCAUUUGACAUUUAUUUUAUACAUCUGUUUUUCUUUCCCCACUUCGCUGUAUUUGUAAAGUCAAGGUUUUUCCUUUUCCAGCAGAAAGUACUACCGAAAUAAAGAUGGAUUGGAUUGUUAAAUGCUC